CUUGUCUGUGCUUUUCAACCUCACAGGGCUAGCUUGACGGUCGACCUGAACCGGUUGAUUUUCCACCCCCGUCGUGGAAGGGGACGCAACCCGGUGGCAGGGGGGUCGGUGAGCCGGUAGGUAUUAGUCUAGUCUGGGGAGUCAGGAGACAACUUCACGAUGCGUUAUGUUUAUAAAUAUGGGGGUUGACGUCCUUCGUCCUGGCUUCACGUUUGGUCUUCCUUCGGCUCUUCACCACCAAGUCCCGGUAGUGUAGUCUCCGGUGCAUACAUUCGUUCAUACAGACCAUACUACAUUCGUUCAUUUUAUACUUACAUUCAACACUCUCUUGAAUAAUAAUUCUUAAUUUUCUGCCUGCACUCCGUACCAUGGCCCCCCUUCGUUCUUGGGCUGCACUGGCUGCCCUUGGCCUUGCCUCCCUGGCCCAGGCUUGGCACAACGAGGAACCUCCUUGCCCUAGCGAAUAUGCUCCUUUUGAGUAUUCCGGCUGCUAUGCCGAUGCCGACGGAAACAGCCUGGUCUACAGGUCCUCGGAGACUUCAGAUGACAUGACCGUUGAGAAAUGCUCGGCCAUCUGCAAGGGCAACGGUUUCGCCCACUCUGGAUUGAAGUACUACGGCAUCUGCUACUGCGGCAACGUCAUCGAGGGCGCCCAGCUCGACGAGUCCCAGUGCUCGCACCCUUGCAACGGCGACAGGGACCAGGUCUGUGGCGGCGACAACUCCCUCUCUGUCUACAGCGACCCGACCUUCCCGGACCCGGCCCUGGUCGACGAAGACGACUACGUCGACAUCGGCUGCUGGAGCGACGACUCCACCGUCGGCCGCACCCUCUCCUGGCCCCAGGACCAGCUCAGCUCGUCCCAGAUGACCCCGCAGCUCUGCAUCGCCGCUUGCAAGGCCGGCGGCUUCCCCCAUGCCGGUGUCGAGUUCGGAGGCGAGUGCUGGUGCGGCGCCCUCAAGGCGAGCGACGCUCGCUCCGUCGAGGCUGGCGAGUGCGCCAUGUCCUGCAAUGGCGACUCGUCCCAGACGUGCGGUGGCCGUAGCCGCAUCCAGCUGUACCUGGCUGUGGGAUUCCAGUCUCUCGAGCCCUGCGGCGAGGGCCAGGAACCCGAGCCUCCCGUCUCUUCUGCCGCGCCUUCGGCUUCUCCCACCCCCUCUUCGUCUGCCGUGGUCAGCUCGGCGGCGCCAUCGCAGCCCCCCAGCACUUUCUCGUCCGUCGUCCUUCCCCCGACCACCACCGAAGUCCCCGCCGUCUGCACCACUGAGGUCGUCUUCCCCCCCACCACCGAGUACUGCUGCGGCCGGUGGUGCAGCGAGCCGAUCCCCGAGUUCAACAACAAGGCGGGCUGCCUCGUGGCCAAGGGCAAGUGCGUCCUCCAGACGGCGGCCUGCCUGGCCACCGCGGGCUGGCCCGGCACCCUGGAGUGCCUCAAGUUCGGCCAGUGGUGCGCCGAGCUCGGGUCCUACUGCCUGACCACGUGCAAGCCGGGCAGGGACUGCUCCAGGGGCGACUUCCUCUCCAAGAAGCCCCCCAAGGGCGGCGUGAAGCCCCCGACCACCAGCACCUCGACCGUGCCCUGCCCCGAGACCACGGCCGCGGCCACCCCGACCACCCCGCAUACCCCGGCCCCGACCCCCGUGGUGCCCGAGCCGACCAGCGUCUGCGUCCAGGCCAAGAACGGCCUCAAGGGCUACGGCCCGGGCAACCCGGUCGGCGGCAUCGAGAUGCCGUUCGUGACGUGCAACGACGUCGAGGCCGAGUUCCACAGCGGCUACCACUUCAAGCAGUACCUGUUCGCCAACACGCUGCGCUGCCCGACCUACAAGCGCAGCCAGGUCAAGGGCGCCUGCGUCGACGCCUGCCACGAGCAGGGCGAGACGUGCCGCAACGUCUACGCCAAGGCCCAGCUCGAGACCAAGGGCUUUACCGCCUGGGUCAAGGCCACGGCCCUGUGCAAGGUGCAGCAGGAGGACUGUCUGAAGCAGAACAAGAACGUUUCGGGCGGGAGCCACUGUACCACCUUUGGUCGGUUUUAGGUAGGGCGCCAUUGUUUUUUUUAACGUAGUGUAUGUAGUACCUACAUAGUAAUGCCUACGAUGCUAUGAAUUAUUGCCCUGGUAAAUGUGUGAAGGAGGAUUAUAUUGACAAAUGGUAGCGAAUGAUAGUAGCAGUGAGGUAUC